AUGUCAUACUGCACAACCACGGUAAUGAAACACUGUGAUCUGUCAAAAUGGGCUUGUUUUCUGUUUGUGGUUAAGCUGGAAACAUAAACAACAACCAACGCUUGACGAUCAGCAAAAAUGCUAGCCAAGAGAAGAAGCCUCAUCAAUUCUGACGAAAAGCGAAAAGCGCUGCAAAAUGUCGUGAUUGCACGGGGCCGCCUGAAGGGUGCAUUAAAAACCGUCACCAAAUCAUCCGACGAAGAUAGCACCAGCUUUGACGACAGCGAUGAAGACACGCAGGUGAAGCGAAAACGCGUAGAGGCCCCCGCCGUCCAUCAGCCGUACAUCAUAACGCUGUUUAACCGUGGCAUUGAUUUGGCCCGCUUUCGCGACAAUUCACCACUGUAUCCGAUGUGCCGGGCCUGGGUAAGGAACAAUCCGCGGGAGAAGGUGGAGGAGUCUGCCGUGUCUAGCACAAAACCGCGCGUUGCCGUAAAGCGCGAGCACAAUCCCGAUAUCGUAACUCAGUUUACGAAUGGAGAGCUGCAAGAGAUAACGCAAAUGCCCCGACCACAACACACGAAUCUGAAACCGUUCCUCACGAUUAAAGCGCAACCAGUCGGUGAUUUUGAUAUCGAUAAAUCGUCCAAGGAUAAGGAUGAUUUGCUUGCUGACCAUCUGGUACGUUGGAAGAAAGUUCGCGAAACUAACAUAGAACACCGGAAGCAGUAUGAGCAAGCACGAUUCAGUACAAGUUUUAAGUUACUAGAAGCAUUGAAAAAAUGACGUACUCAGACGCCGCAGUUCGAUUUUUAUUUGUACACAAUUGUAAUUACAUGUCCAUUACGAGAGUUCUUACAGAUCAUAAAACAAAGCGUCAACCAACAAAAUAUUGAAUAAACUACGAUUUGCACGAAUCAGCAA